CCGUCGGCCUCUGACCGAGCCCUCUCAACCCUUGUCUCUGUGCUGGGACACAAGUUUUCCAACGUAGGUAUGGAGUCAUCGAAGCUCCCCACAGAUCGAUAUUCGAUUAUCUUUAGCUACGGAACGAUACCGGAUUCAAAAGAUGAAUGUGCAGGUACUGAUAUCAGCUUCGGCUUCAAGCAUGGUGUAGAAGUGCGCGUGACAAACCGUCUAGAAGUCCCCCUUACACCUGACAAUUUGCAGUCGCUCUCUUUCAGUAUCCCCAGCCUUCACAUUCGCUUGAAAGGUAUGAUCGGCAAUAUUGGUUUAUUUCAUUAUGGGAAUGUGGAAGUGUAUAGUCUUCCACCGGCACCGGCAGAUAAACCUGAUGGAGACAACGAGACAUCCCUCGCGCCUCCACUGGCCUGCUUUUAUCUGAACGAGGACGUUGGUGAGGUGAUGCGCGCAGAUCGAGAUGUAACUGCAAGAUUAGUCACAUCUGAAUGUAGACAACCUGAAGAGAUUACAACUGACAUAUCUCCAGGUCAGCACUCCGGUUCGGAAGAUUUCUACACUUGCUGUUCGGCAGGUUCCUCUCCAGCCACGUGCAGUGCCCGUUGGGACUCGGCCUCUGGAUCGACCUUCCAUGAGUCACCAAGCCUCCCUGGUGAGACACCGACAAGCGAAGGUCAGCGUGACGAGCUGAUCUAUGUGUCCUUCAAAGGAAAGCGCUACGCGCGCGUUCUGUCCCGCCUGAUGUGCGCUGACGGUGACGUGGAUGGCACCUGGACGGUGACAGAUUUCACGGAGCGCGGAGAACUGGUGUUUUCUCUACGGCUUGACUUCAUCCGACCCCGUCCAACCAUACCGCGGGGGAUGGCGAGAAGCCUAUAA